CAGUGCCUAACAUGUCUUUUUUUAUUUUGUUGUUUUGUUUUCUUGUGAACCACGUUACAUUAAACAACUACACAGAAGGCAUCUAUUGACUAUUGUCAGACUAAAAUAUGCAUACAUCUUGGCAUUGAGUUGAUCAUCACCUCCUCUUGUGUGAAAAUUCCAACACAUUAUUGUUUCCAUCAAGACAUUUCUCGGGAAAAUGUUGAGCAUCACUCAGUUGUUGAACCAGCUGAAUCCUUUUUAUGUUACAUUUUUUUCCUUCCUUUUAUUUGUUUAUCUUGUAAUCAAAUGGUUCAACUCUCCUAUUUCCGCCGGCAAAAACCUGCCGCCUUCGCCGCCAAAGCUCCCAAUAAUCGGAAACCUACACCAAGUCGAUGCAUCCCUUCACCGGUCACUUUUCUCUUUAGCUCAGCGUUACGGCCCUGAUCUUAUGCUUCUCCAAUUCGGCGUAAAAUCUGCACUUAUCGUCUCCUCCUCAGAUGCAGCAAAAGAAAUAACGAAAACACACGAUCUCGCGUUCUCAAACAGACCUAAAUUUUUCACAAUCGGGAAGCUUCUCUACAAUUACAAAGAUGUCGCGGGUGGACUGUUCGGCGACCACUGGAAGCAUAUGAAAAGUGUUCUUCUACUGCACGUAUUGAGCAACGGAAGAGUUCAAACAUAUCGAUCCGUAAGAGAAGAAGAAGUAGCUUGCCUGGUAGAGAAGAUUCAAGAAUUCUCAUCUAAAUCUUUGCCGGUGAAUCUGAGUGAAAUGUUUUCCGGUUUUACGUACGAUGUAAUAUGUAGGAUCGCGUUUGGGAGGAAAUAUAACAGCGGAGAGCACGGGGAAAAUGGUAAAAAGUUUCAGAAAUUGUUAGGGGAUUUGAUGAUUUUACUGGGGAGUUUUGAUCUUAGAGAGUUUAUUCCUUGGCUUGGAGGGAUUGUAAGUAGAUUUAAUGGAUUUGAUGCUUAUGUUGAUAGAACUGCUAAGGGUUUGGAUGAAUUUAUAGAUGGUGUUGUUGAAGAGCAUGUGAGUAGUUUAGAGAGAGGAGUAAGCUUUAAUGGCGAUGGAGUGAAGGAUUUUGUGCAGGUUUUGGUUGAGCUGCAGAAGGACACUAAAAUGGCUGCCAAUCUUGAUAAAGAAAGUAUUAAGGCUCUCAUUUUGGACAUAUUUGCCGGUGGAGCCGACACAACAUACACAGUGUUAGAAUGGACAAUGACAGAGAUCAUAAGAAACCCUAGAGUCAUGACAGAAUUACAAAACGAAGUAAACAGAGUCUCCAAUGAAAAAUCAAGCUCAUCUAAUAUAAUCACAGAAGCUGAUCUAAGCAAAAUGCAUUACCUCAAAAUGGUGAUCAAAGAGUCUCUACGGCUACACACUCCAUUUCCAUUGCUAGCCGCAAGAGAAACAAUGCAAGACGUAAAAAUCAUGGGCUACGACAUUGCCGCAGGAACCAUGGUUCUAACCAAUGCAUGGGCUAUGGCGAGAGACCCCAAGGCAUGGACCAAACCGGAAGAGUUCUGGCCUGAACGGUUCUUGAACAGUGAAGUGGAUUUCAAAGGUCAUGAUUUUGAAUUUAUUCCGUUCGGGUCUGGUAGGAGAGGGUGUCCGGGGAUUUCAUUUUCUAUGCCGAUUAUUGAGCUUGUGAUUGCUAAUCUUGUGAAGAAUUUUAAGUGGGAUUUGGCUAAUGGAGCUAAGAUAGAGGAUUUGGAUAUGGGUGAAUCUGUUGGUAUGACUGCUAGUAGGAAGAGUCCCCUUGUUGCUUCUGUAUUUCCUAUUUCUCACUAGAACACAUUUUUAGAUAGUGUUACUUUGGUCAAUUUUAGAAUGAAAUUAAUUUCAUUUAAAUGGUUCUAUUUCAAAAUUCAUUUCCAAAUGAAUUUUUGUAUUUAAUAUCAUAAACAAUAAGUAUGGAAUUUAUUUCAAAUGAAAUUAGAUGAAUUGAAUAUUGUGUA